UGCAUUGAUUUUAACGGUGUGCUGUGCUAACCAUGUAAUAUCUCAAAAGGUCUCAGAAGAAUUUAAUUUAAUUGGGCCGAUUUUGUUACAAAGUUCUAAUCUACUUUAUACAUUCAAAAAUUUUUAUGAAGAGUACGUAGUUUCAUUUGAAAUAAAUCCAAUGUCAAUUUAUCAAUCAUUACAUGGAAAUGUAAUCCACCUGACAGCUAAUGGAGAUUAUACAAAUUAUGGAGAUAGAAACCCAGCUGUAUUUAUUACUCCAGAAACACAACAAGGAUCACUUGGUUUUUCUACUUCAAUUAAUGGGUCAGUACAAAAUUUUUAUACAAAGUCUCUUCCAUUAAAUCAAUGGAGUUUAGUAGAAAUAUUGCAGAAGUUUGUCGAUACAAACUUUGUAUACAGCAUUAGUAUAAACAAAACAAAAAUUUAUUCGUCAGUAAAUAGCCAAACUAUUCAACUAUCGAAUGUUAAACUGUAUGCUUCUAAUCCUUGGCAUAAUGCUCAUAAUGGCUAUAUUAGAAAUUUAUAUGUGUUCACAAGCAAAACGGUUUUUUCAGGUUGUAUUGAUGGCGACUCUACAAAUAUGCAAUUAACAGCAAGUGGUUAUCAUGUAGAAUCAAAUAUUUCAUGUAUUAGUGUGUGCAAUUCAUAUUCACCACCAAUUUUCAGUGAUGCUUUUUUUCUUGAAGGACAGCUUUGUUUCUGCAGAAACGCUUCACUUCCACCUUUACAAGUAUCAACAACUGAUACCUGUCUUACAAGUUCAUGCUUAAAUAACAAUACUACUUUAGAUUGCAGUUUGACCAAUUUCGCAUUUUUCUCACUCUCAUUAGGUAUAAUUGAAUGGAACAUAGCUUUUAAUCCCGCUAUUGUUUUUGUAGAUAAAGAAGUUGAAAUACAAACAAAUAUAUUAAAAGGUAAUGCUUCAAAUGCAUUUGCGGUACCACUGCCUAAUGAUUUACCUUUGUUAUUUCAAAAUUUUGUCACCAGUACAAUAGUUAAGACACAGUUCUAUUUGCCUGGAUUACAGAUCUGGUCUCAAACUAUUGGAAAUGCUUAUACAGAUCCAUUUAAUGCAACUUCUUGGGUUCAAGUAGAUGAGAAUAUUGGAAGAGUUUUUGUAAUUCCCUCAACAGUUCAAGUCAAUGGCUUCUACAAUUUUUUUUUGGUAAUUACACAAGGCACAAAUAUAAGUGUAAAAAUAUCACUUCCAAUGAAUAAAAUUUUGAGCUUUACUGCAGAUCUUCUUAGACUGUCAUAUGGGUUUAAUGUGUCCUUGUUAAACACUACUACAACAAAGUAUUGCAAACUUUCAGAUGGUUAUGUUUUAAAACAAGUGGUUUUAACUUCUGGUCAUUUUACAAAGUUAAUAGUUAAAGCUUCUACAAAAGGUUCUUUGAAAAUUAAUAUUUUGAGACCAUUACUUAAUAGCUCCGUAGAUUUUUGCCCCUUUGAAUUUGAAUGUGCAACUGCUUCUUUGUCAAAUGAAUCUGUAACAAUUACAGCUGUUGUUGUUAAAAAGUUUAUAUUCUUAUUAAAUUCAACUGGAAUUAUUGAGAUACCAAUUCAAAGUAACAUAAACGAUGUUCAAGAAAACGACUUGGUGUGGAUUGGUGGAAGUGCUAGUUUAUUUUGUAAUGAAGAAUAUUAUAACAAAAUUCAAGAAAUAGAGUUGGGAAAAACAAUUUUAUUUUUAACUGAUCAAAUGGCCGAUGGUUUUUUUGUAUCACUGUUUAUAUCUAAGUCGUUUGAAUGUUUGAUUCCUAUUCCAGCAAGCGCAAUAGGGUUGUAUAAUUUCACUGUUGAUCUCUAUAGUCAUGUGUCACCUAUUCGAAGACUAUAUUAUUCAUUUCCAAUUCAGAGCCCGGUUUCUGGAUUGCAGUUUGAUAGCCAAAUGCCAGUUCUCAAUGAUGUUGCAGGUUAUAUAAUCAAUAAAUAUUUAUAUUCUAAAGCUGUUAUAAAUGGAUCAGGUGUUACAUAUUUGUUUAGUAUUCCAGAGCUAAAUUGUUCUGUAAAUACAACAAAUACUACAGCAAUGUUAAAAAUGACUAGAUACGGUAAUUUUACUGUUUACUUGGCAGCAGCCAACAAGGUUAACUUAAUUAACACCUCAGUUAAUAUUGUUGUUUUGUCUGAAAUAAAUAGCAUAAGUAUGAACAUUAUAGAAAUGCAAUUACAAUACAGCAGUUAUGAAACAGUUAUAAGCAUUUACAAUGGCAACAGAGUACAGUUUACACUUGAUUUUGGUGACGGAACACCUGUUACAACUAUCCAAAAUAUUGAUGCUACUGAUGUGGUGGUUAAUUUCUCUAUCUUCCAUAUAUAUUCCAAGUGCAGUCUUGAUGGAUUUAAUGCCACUGCUACAGCCAGUAAUAUUCUUGUUGAUAGUAAUACAAUUAUUAACUCUUCAAAAUCUGUAUUUAAAAGAGUAAUAGUUUUUUGCAAAUUAUCAACAUUAAACAUUGUACCAACACCAAUUGUUUCACAAAAUGGUUAUGCUUCGAUAUCACCUAAUAAAAAUUUAUUAGUUACCAUCAAUCAAGAUUAUGGAUCUUACAGGAAUUAUUUGAUUAACUGGGGAGAUGGUAGUACUAAAUGGAUUAAUCAGUCUGAUAACCAAGGUCUUGUUUCAUUUCAAGAACGGCAUAUCUAUCAAAGGGAAAAUAAGUAUAUUGUAUCAGUCACUUGUAGGAAUUUAUUAGAUUUUAGUAAUAAUUCAUUUAUAGUUAUGGUCAUAAACUGUUCAAUUCCAGGACUAAGUUUUUAUUAUGGAUCUAUAUUAAGUCCUAUGACUGUUAUUCGAAGUGUUGGUGCUGACUUAUCUGCUGUUGUUAAAAAUCCUGAUCCAUUUUGUCCAAAAUUAAGCUCCGUAUUUCAAUGGAAUCUUACAAAUUCUGUUUUGACACAAUCAACAGUAGGCACUCAAGUUCAACAAAAGGUGACAUACACAAUCCAAAGAAAUCAACUUUUAUUUGGUCUUUACAACUUAACACUAACUUAUAAGUACGGGGAAGAAACUAAUAUUUAUAUUGCCUACUUGAAUGUUACAGCUUCACCAUUGUUAAUGGUUAUUGAUAAAGGAUUUUUUAAUUCGAUUGCUUACAAGAAGACUUUUGGAAACAGUACCAUACACCAAAACUUUACAAUAAGUGCAACUUCUAGUUAUGAUCCAGAUGAUCCAACAAAUGGAGCUCAAGAUAUCACUUUUAUGUGGAGAUGUAAAAUUGCUUCAAAUUUAUCAGAUGCUUUAGAUGCAAUGUCAAAUUUUACACAUUUGAAUUCGACAUAUAAAAGUGACACUUGUUUUAAUGAAACCUGGGUGAAUAUUUCUUUUGGAAAUUCCAAAAUUAAUUUUAGUACACAUCAGUUUUUGGAAGGAAUUAAUUAUCAUAUUGAAGUAUGUGGAACAAAGUAUGCAGGUAAAGAUGUUUACUCAAUUGACAGAUACAAAGCAGAUUGUUUUACUCAAGUACUUUAUAUGGUUCCUCGAGGUCUUCCAACUCUUUCUACUAUAUGUGUUUCCAACUGUGAUAAAAAACUGAAUUUUAAGGAACGUGUGAUAUAUACAUUUAAAUGUGAAGAUUGUGGUCUACAAACAUUAGAGGCACAAUGGGAUAUAGCUGAUGAUGGUGGUAAUUUUCCUAAUGAGCUUUCUGCUCAGAAUGCUACAACAACAGGGUUUCAUUCCCCUAGUCUUGUACUCAAUAAAGAUAUUCUUCUUGAAUCAACAAAUUACACAUUUGUAUUAAUUUUUGGUUAUGCAGAUUCUUCAAUGAGAGCAAAGAUUAAAUUUACAAAGUCUACGUGUUCUAAACCAACACCAGGAGUUUGUUAUGUCAAUCCAACAGUUGGAUUUGCCCUUGAAACAAAAUUCAACAUUAUUUGUGAUAAUUGGAAAGAUUCUGAUGGGUUGCUACGAUACAUGUUUUAUUAUAACAAUGGUCAAACGCAGCACAUGAAUGUUAGUACAACAGAUACAAUUGAUUAUCCAAUGUUGAAUGCUGCAACUACCGAUCAACCUAGUUUAUUUGAUUUUUUGAUGGGUCCUGGUGACAAAAACAAUGAUGACCAAGUCACAAUUAUUAUAAAAGUGAGUAAUAAAUACCAAGCCUACACAGAAUACAAACAUCUUUUUAUCAAGGUACAAACAAAUAAGAAACCUGUAAAUGUUACAGACUUGAUUACUGGAAUUGAUUUAAACGACACACAAAGUCUCGCAAAUCUUGUUCAAGCAGUUAGUUCAACUACAAAUAAAAUUUCAGCUAAUUAUUCUAAUAGCACUCUACCAACUGCAGAUAACAUUACUGGUUUUAUUGAUAAUGGUGCAUUAAAUCAAGAAAAACAGCGGCAAUUGACUCUUUUGCAAGAUACUCGCACACACAUGAUUGGUUUACUUGGUAAUGCCACCAUCAAUGAUUUAAAUUCCUUUAAAAUUAUUGGUGAUGCUUUAGCUUUAACUUCACAAAAUCCAAUCGAGUUAGUUCCUCAAUCUCAGAAACAAGCAUCAAAUAUUGUUGCUAAAAUGUCUGAACUUCUUACCGCCCAAAAUCUUAAAAGUAUUGGAGCAGACAAUUUCGAUACCAUGACUCAACCAUUUUUAAAGUCAAUAUCUAACUUGUUCCAAACUAGUUUAAAUAAUAAUGAAUCAGAUUCAGUUUUACCUACCCUUCAAACAACAACUUCAUCAACAACUUCAUCGCUAAAUUUAAAAAGCAAUAGUAAUCCAGUGUUGCAAUUGUUCAAAUCUAUGGAUAGUCAUUUUCUUGCAGCACAAACUUACAAAGUACCUGGUGAAAACGCAACUGUUGGUGAAACCAAUCAAUUUACUUUUGUAUUAAAAAAAGAUUUCUCAAGUAGUUUGAGCAACAAAUCAAUUGGUUCAUCUGAUGGUGAAUAUGGUUUUACUCUUCCUGAUUCUAAGGAUUUAUUUAAUGAUUCUGUGCAAAACUCACAAAUCUCAGUCAAUAAUUUAAGAAUGAAAGAUAAUGUUUACACAUGGGACACAAAUCGAUCACAAAACAUUCUCUCAGAAUCUCAAAGUCUUUCUUUUUCAGAUGCUAACGGUCAUCCAAUUAAAGUAAGCAACAGUUCACAACCAAUUAAAAUUGCCAUAAAAAAUAUUCCAGAAAAAAUGACUGGCAAAAAUGUAUCUUUAUCAAUGCCUAAUGAUGUAAAUUUAAUUAGUCUACCGUUGACAUCAGGUUGUAACAUGCUCUUAAAGUUCUUGUUUUUAAAUGAUGAAAAUAAUUUAACAAAUCUUUUUGUUUACAUUCAAUAUGGAAAAAUUGCAACUAAACUUGAUUAUGAUAUAAUGCUGAAUAUUUCUGCUAAACAUGGUGUAACUAUGACAAAAAAUAACAAUAUAACUACAGGCAACAUCACAUUUGAUAACAAUAUAAAUGAUGUAAGUAAUUAUUCUGGAUUUGUGCAAAGAAAUCAAGAUGCUCUUCUUUUUGAUGAUGGCACCCUAAUUUUAUGGAAUUUUUUAAACUCUACAUAUGGUUUUUAUAAAAAAAGUAUAUUGCAUUUGCUCUUCUCCUAUUCUGGCCCAAUGCCUUCUAAAAAGCUAGAUUUGAAUCCAUACACUUUUGAUGAAGCAGAGUCUGUUGGGACAUAUGUCUAUGAAAUGAAGUCUUUUUGUGCAGAAUGUAAUUAUUGGAAUGAAGGGGAAAAUAAAUGGAUGUCUGAUGGAUGUGAGCUAGAUAUUAAUGGCACAAGUUUUUUAGUUACAAAAUGUAAAUGCACUCAUUUGACUUCUUUUGGCGGAUUUUUUGUUGCUCCAAAUCCUAUACGAAAACCAACUUUAUCUAUGCUUAAAAAUGGAUAUGUCCUUACUGUAGUAGUUGCAAUAGCUCUUUUUAUUUGGAUAGUUGGUUUGAUAUUUUGUAGAAGAAUGGACAAAAAAGAUGUUUCAAAGAUUGGUGUUUGUCCACUUCUUGAUAAUCGGGAUGAAGAUAAUUAUAUGUAUCAAAUAAUAGUAUACACUGGAAAUCGAAAAGAUGCUGGUACAGAAUCUAACAUCUUUUUUACAGUAGCUGGUGACAUGGGUGACAGUGAAGUUCGACGUUUAAAAGGUUCAGAAAGAAAAUGUUUUCAAAGAUCAAGCUGUGAUAUGUUUAUAAUGACAACACAGAGUUCUCUUGGUGAUUUAGAUUAUAUAAGAUUUUGGCAUGAUAAUAGUGGUGGAGGUUGGUACAUAAAAAACAUCAUUAUUAUUGAUCUUCAAACUGAAAAACAAUACCUUUUUAUUGGAAAUCGUUGGCUUGCUGUAGAUCGUGGCUCAUAUUCAAUAGAUUGUGUUUUACCAGCGGCAUCAGUAGAAGAACAAAACGAUUUUACCUAUGUUUUUACUUUAAAAGCAAAACAUAAUCUUUCUGAUGAACAUUUAUGGUUUUCAGUUUUAGCUCGAUCACCUAAAAGUAACUUUACCAGAUGUCAAAGGUUGUCUGUUGCAGUUUCUUUGUUACUGACUUCAAUGAUGGUAAGCGCAAUGUUCUAUGGACAAGGAGAAAGUAAAGAAGACCCAGCAACAGAAAAUAAAAGUGUUUUUUCCUUUACAGGAACCCAGAUUUUUGUGGUUUUGAUUUGUACUUUUAUAAAGUUUCCAGUGCAUUUGCUGUUAGUAAAAUUUUUUCGAUCCAUAAAGCCAUUUCAAAUUUCAAAUGAUAAAAAUGACAGCUCAUGUGAUAAAAGUAAUGGAUGGAAGUCACCUACUCUCUCAGAUAAGCGCAACAGUUUGAGCUCAAAUCAAAAAUCGACAGAAAUUGUUGAAGAAAAAAAUGCAUCACUAAAAAAAAAAAAAUUUUUACUGCCACAUUGUUUUUUGUAUGUAGCAUGGUUUUUUUGUGUUGUAAACAUUUUGGGUAGUGCUGUUGUUGUUUUGUUUUAUGGAAUGAGCUUUGGAAAUAAAACAUCAUUAAAUUGGUUAGCUACUGUAACUAUUGAUUUGGUUAAAGAGGUUUUCAUCACCGAACCAAUAAAAUUAUUUGUUUUUGCAGUUUUUUUUGCACUUUUCAUUAAAAAUAUUAAAGAAGAAGAAACUGAUUUUCAGACACAAGGUAAAAUGUUGGCCCUUGACGAAAAUUGGCUUCACAAACCGAAACACGAACAAUCUAUUUUUGAUCGAAAAGAUAUAGAAAUGCAACCACUUAAUGCUUCUAUAAUAUUAGAGAUGAGAGAUUUACGGAUUAAGAACCUCAAGAUGUACUCUUUAAUAAAGGAGUUGGCUUUAUAUAUGUUUUAUGCUUUUUUGGUGAUGUUUAUAGGAUUUUCAACACGCAAAAAUGUUGCUUUUCACCAAACUCGCAAUGUUCAAGAUCUUUUUAAUCUAACACUUAGAAGGGUUCCAUGGCCAAGAGAUUACAGUAAAAUUUUUGGCCAGAUUCAAGCUACACCAGAUUUUUGGAAUUGGAUGGACGAAUUUUUUUUACCUCAAGUUUUUCCUGAACCCUGGUAUAAAUUGAGUGAUUUUUAUGCUAAUUCGGAUAAGAAAGAUUUCCCUGGAAAGUUGUUUUUAAACGAUCUCAAUUCUAAGAUUGUGAAUGGAAUCAGAAUUCGGCAAGUUCGUGUGCAACCAAAUUCUUGUGUAAAAACGAAAUCAGUUGCUCAGUUUAUCAAGGUUAACUGUAUGUCUUCUUAUGAAUCUACUCUUGAAGAAACAGGAAAUUUUUAUUUAAAUUGGACAGUUCCACUGUUGCAUAAAUCUGACAUUAAUCCUUUAACUAAACCAUGGAGGUACCAAACUUGGAAAGAACUUGAUGGGUAUCCAUAUGCAGCAAAGUUAGAAACUUACUAUGGUGGUGGUUAUGUUGUAGAAAUUUUCCCAAAAUGGAAAAACAAGGCUAUAAUAGAUCAGGUCAAGAAUCUCAGAUGGAUUGAUAGACAAACGCGAGCUAUAUUAAUUGAGUUUGCUUUGUUUAAUGCUGCUACUAAUUAUAUUAACAUGGUCACAAUGGUUUUAGAGUUCCCUGCUUCUGGUGGAGUUAUUCCUACUUUUUGCAUUUUGACUUUUAGAUUGUAUUCUGGUACAAGAGAAAUGUUGAUUUCUCAUUUUUUUUUUAUUUUAAUGACAAUAUUAUUUACUGUUCGUGAAUGUCGAUUUUUAUAUCGAGUUGGUUGUAAAUAUUUUGUUGAGUUUUGGAAUUUGGUGGAAGUUGCAUUGAUACUGCUUUCUGUUAUUGAAGUUGUUUUUUUUUUUUACAAAGAUCAUCUGGUCAAAUUGUUAUUAGAGCGAAUGCCAGCUAAGAAACCACAAGUAUUUAUCAACUUUCAGUUUGCUUCUUACUGGGACCUGACACAUAUAUACAUUGUAUCUUUAAUUGUUUUUUUUGUAACUUUGAAGUUUAUUAAAUUAUUGCGUUUUAAUCGUCAUAUUUCACUGUUAUCUUCAACUUUAAAAGCUGCAUGGUAUCCUCUAUCAAUGUUUUUCAUUAUGUUUUCUAUUGUUAUGUGCUCUGUGGUAACCACAUCUAGUAUUGUUUUUGGUUCGUUAUUAUAUGGGUAUCAAAACUACUUCAAAGCAAUAGCUUCCAUCAUUUCAUUAUUGUUAGGGAAAUUCAGUUACAGUCAGUUUCAAAAUGCUAAUGGUUUUCUAGGACCAAUCUUCUUUUUUGGAUUUAAUGUUAUGGUAAACUGGGUUGUUAUGAAUAUUUUCCUGACUAUACUAAACGACGCGUUUACUGAUGUUCGUGAAGAACAACAGUUUCAACAAAACGAAUAUGAAAUAGUAGACUUUAUAACAGAGCAUGUUAAAGCAUGGCUGGGAUGGAGCAGUCCAAACAACAAUGUAGAAAAUACACCAACAAAUCAAAAUCUGAGCUCUACCGUAUCAGAAAAUAAUGACCACCAUGAUGUUACCCGCCAUGAUGUUACCCGCCUGCAGAAAGCAGUUUUAACCAAUAAUCAGAGUAUCGCCAAGUUUGACGGUUGUUUACCUAUUACUGAUCAACAAUGGAAAAUGAAGAUCAAGAGUCAUAAAGUUUCAAGGCCCAACAAAGUGAAUGGAAAUUCUGAUCCAGUUGAAUCAGAUUGUGCAAUAAGUAUUCGUAUUUCUGAACUUGCAAAAUACGAUUAUUUGUUAAAUGAAAGAUCGCUUGAUGUUUACGCUAGCGAGAUGCUGGGUAAGUUUAUCUAUUGCAUGAAUUUCGUCUACAAAGCAAAUGAGGCUAUGGGAGAAAAAAAGGAUUUAAGAAAGCGACAAUUUAAAAAGAAAAUUUAUAGUAAUAGCAAUCUUGUUAUCAUUAAUUCGAAGAACUUAACAGAAAAGUUUUCAAAGAUUUAAUUUUAUUAAACUGGGUUUUAUGGUUGUGUAUUUUUUUGUGUUGUUUAAUAGGUUGUGUAUGUUUCUUUGUUUAUAUAGGUUAUGUGUAUUUGUUUGUGCUGUUAAUCGGUUUUGUGCUUUAUGACGAAAAAUUGCGAUUUUUAUUCAACUUUAUUAAACUAAAACAAUCGUUGAAAAACAAUCUUUAUUUGAUAUAAUUAAAAAUGGUAGUGCAGUUGUGAUUUAGUUUUGUUUUUAAUUUGUAAGUCAAAGUGUAAUUAUUAUGUAAUUUAAAAAAUCUUUGAAGAACAAUCUUUUGCUUGAAGAACAAUCUUUCAUAUAUGAAGUAUAUGAUAAUUCUUUGAAUGCGCAUAUAAAAAUUA